AAGCAGUUACGCAAGAGAGAGACUCGAGGGGUGGAAUGUUGCGAAGUUUUUUCAGUUUAAAAUUGUAUUGCAUAGAGAUAAGACGUAAUUUUCUAAUUGUGUGAAAAGAAAAAAAAUUAAUUCAACAAAAACCAACAUGUCUGAACGCGAAAAUAAUGUAUAUAAGGCUAAGUUAGCUGAACAAGCAGAGCGCUACGAUGAAAUGGUUGAUGCAAUGAAAAAAGUAGCAUCAACAGAUGUGGAAUUAACAGUUGAAGAACGUAAUUUACUCUCAGUCGCCUACAAAAAUGUCAUCGGUGCAAGACGUGCAUCUUGGCGAAUCAUUUCAUCAAUUGAACAGAAAGAAGAAAACAAGGGUGUAGAGGAGAAAUUGGAAAUGAUUAAAAAUUACCGUGCACAAGUAGAGAAAGAGCUUCGAGACAUUUGUUCUGAUAUUUUAGAUGUUUUGGAUAAGCAUCUUAUACCAUGCGCAACAACUGGCGAAUCUAAAGUAUUCUACUAUAAAAUGAAAGGCGAUUAUCAUCGUUAUUUGGCUGAAUUCGCAACCGGCAAUGAUCGUAAAGAAGCAGCAGAGAAUUCACUAGUGGCUUACAAAGCUGCCAGUGACAUUGCAAUGACCGACUUACCACCCACACAUCCAAUCCGAUUGGGUCUCGCAUUGAACUUUUCUGUAUUUUACUAUGAAAUUUUGAAUGCACCUGAUAGAGCUUGUCGCCUAGCAAAGGCAGCGUUCGAUGAUGCCAUCGCAGAAUUGGACACACUCAGUGAAGAAAGCUAUAAGGAUUCCACACUUAUAAUGCAAUUAUUAAGAGAUAACUUGACUCUUUGGACAUCAGACAUGCAGGGAGAUGGUGAAGGAGAGCAGAAAGAGCCCAUUCAAGACGUUGAAGAUCAGGAUGUGUCGUAAUUGCGCCAUGAAUAAACAAAAUACCACACUCCACCAACUCUUAAUUUUUUUCUAUCUACAACAAAACUUGUUCCCUCUUCUAUUUUAUAUAAUUUAAAAACACACAGGAUGAACAUACAAAAAAAAAACACAUUUCUUUCUUCAAAUUAUUAAGUUCUCUGAUUUAUACAAAUAAAACAAUGUAUGGAAAACGAUUAACGAGCAUGGAAUGCAGGCAAUAGUUUCGACACACAAAAAAAUCCCUGUGAUUAAAACAACAACAAAAACAAGUAAUCACAUUAACCAAAAUUUGUUUUUUAAACUCUUUAAAAUCUUCUUCAUCAAAAAAUAAGAUAAAUCUGAAUCAUCAAUCACAUAACAGAAACAAAAAGAAUAAGAUUAAAGAUUAUGUAAAGUAUGAAAACGAUUUCCAUAAAGUUAAGUGAGCAAAUCCAAAAUUUAAUGAAAAAAAAAAAAAUCAAGUCUUUACAAUUUAAUGAUAGCAUUUUUCAUACGAGAUAAGCAUAUAAGAAAAAAAAAUAUGAAAAUUAUAAGCAAAAAACCCUCCCCCGAAAAUAAUCAGAUGUGUGUGUAAAAUUUAUGAAACCUCUUGUAACUCAAAAUAUACAUUAUGUUCAGUUUUCCCAUCAUAAUGAUUGGAUUAGAAGAAAGAUGGCAUCUCAUGACGUUUAGUGCUUGAACUAGAACUGACAAUUUUGUCAAGAUUAGUUCUAGCACUGUCGAUUGAGAUGUAUAAAGUUAUUUUUCCACUAUCCUGACCAUACAAUGAUGGCAAUCACUCAAAUGAGUGUUGUUAUCAUCUUUUACCAUCACUAUGAUCAUCACUCCGAGUGAUCGCCAUCAUUAUAUGUUCAGGUGUACGAUACAAAAGCAAAAAGUCCAGGGGAAGCAAAUAUUCAGCAUCAUUAUCUUGAGUUUUUUAGUGAACAUAAUUUAAAAUAAUGAUAAACAAAACAAGGAUAAUUAAUUAAGCAUUAUUUACUAUUGUAAGGUAUUGAAAAAAAGGAACAAAGAACUCUUCUCUUUAAUAAAUCGAACUAGGAAAAUUUUCUCCCUUGAAUUUUGUGGAUUAACAUCGGUCGUCGG